GCCUUCCUGAUCGCAGUAAACCUCAUCAACAUGAACAUGUACCUGGCCCAGCUCUAUGAGACUGUGACAGCCAAAAAUUUUCUGAGCACCUACCUGCAGGGAAACAAAGACACCUCCCUCAUGCACUUCAAGCCAUAUAUAUAUUAUCAAACAUUUGUGAGCAUCAUCAACAAGGCAAGCAAGGAGGGCAACAAAAACAUGAGCAGGCUGAGCAAGCCCAGUGGCCCUGCCAUUGCAAGGAAGAAGCUGACAUUGAUGGACAAGGUGGGCAUCAUUGGGUUCAACAUGAGGGAGAUGGAAGAAUCACCACACCAAGCUCUUGGUUAUGCAAGGAUUUGUGUAAAAGAACUACUCCAACAAGGUGCGCUGGCCAGACAAGAUGCUGGUCAUCAUAUGCACAACCCGGCACACAACAUCAAGGUCAAACAUGCAUGCCACUACUUUGCAAACAAAACACCUGACUGGAAGGGACCCCCAAGGCACCAGAUGCCUGCCUUGUCAGGAGGGUAUGGCAAAAGCUCAUCACCAGAUACCAACAAGCUGAGCAAGAACAUGGCUGCAGUGAAGGCCUCAGAAGCCAUCAACAUUGAGGACUCUGAGGGCUCCAAUGAUGAGGAUGUCUACCAGCCUUUGGAGGGGACUCCCACCUUGGUGAAGCCACAAGGGGCCAAGUGGAAGGCACUUUGUAUUGUGUUUGAGGCUGAGAACAAGACUGAAGAAGGCACUAGCAAGGAGCAAAGCAAGGGAUAA